AUGUUGUUCCUAUGCUGUGUGCUGCUAUCCGUCGUCCUGCGUCCGGUUUUCACUUCCAAUUACAGUUGCUCCGCAGACUACGAGCGCGUCCCAGACAACAAUGACCUGAGCGUGGACUGUGGCACCAGUGCCAUCCUGCUGGAGGUGAACCUCUGCACGGCCGAGUGGUCGGGCUUCGACCCAAACCAGCUGGCGCUGAACGGGGAGCACAACAACUCCCUCUGCCAGGGCACCAUCGACACCAGCGUCGACCCGCCUGUCAUACGCUACCAGCUGCACGUCAACCACACUGACUCCAACCCCUGCAGACAGAGCCUACAGAUAGUGACAGAGACCCCGGACCCUGACAGUGCGUUCAGCCACUUCUCCAGCAUCCAGUCUGUGGUGAUCACGGGCUUCAUAGACACGCCGCGCUCCUCCGUCGGCAUCAUCAGCUACUCCACUGACCUCUACUACCACUUCUCAUGUCGCUACCCACUGGAGUACCUCAUCAACAACACGCAGAUCAUGGCGUCCUCAGUGUCAGUGGCCACGAGUGACAACAACGGCACCUUCAUCGAUACACUACGAAUGAAUCUCUACAAUGACAGCGGGUUCGACACUCCUCUGGCUGUCCCCUCCUCCGGCCUGGAGCUGAGGACACCAGUCUUCGUGGAGGUGAAGGCCAUCAACCUCACAGGAAACUUCCACCUGUUGCUGGAUCACUGUUUCGCCACGCCAACGGCCUACAGCCAGACCAACCAAGAGAAACAUGACUUCUUCAUCGGGUGUGAUGCACAACCCAAGACCACUAUGCUGAAGAACGGGUUGGGGAAGAACGCACAGUUCUCUUUCGAGGCGUUCCGCUUCGUGCAGCACCGCGACCAGGACAAGUCCAGCAUCUAUGUGCACUGCAUCCUGCGCCUGUGCGAGCCCGACAAGUGCCAGGAGGUCCUCAAUAUGUGCAACAGCGGCAGUAACAGUGGACGUCGGAGAAGGAGGGACGUGACUCCGUUCGGGUCUGAGUCCGCUGAGUCUGCCACCGUCACCAUGGGACCCAUCUACACCAAGACAGAGACUGGGGAGACUACGCGAGAGGAGUCCAAGACGAACGUGGUGGGUGUGGUGGUGGGGGUGAUCUUCGCCACGGCGGGGGCGGUGCUCCUGGUGCUCGCGGGCUGGUUCACCCUCAAGAAGUACUACUGGGGCGGCGGAUUGGUCCAGGGAUUUGACUGA